AUGGUACAACUCCAAUCUUGUGCUACUUUGGUCAAUGCCUCAGCAUUGUGUGCUAUAGAGCAAGAAGUGAGGGGAGAUAGUGUCAAUGUUGUUGCUGAGAUUUCAGCCGAGUUGGAAAGGGAAAGGAAGAAGAAUGCAGAGCUCAUGGAGAGAAUAUCAAUGCUCGAAGCUCAGUUAAGAGAAAGAAGCAAGGAAUCUCAAGAAAAUCAUCAUCAUCCAGUUGCAAGAAGCUUCAAGAAUUUCAAGAGGCAGAAGAUGGAAGUAGUAGAUGAUGAUAAAAAAAGGAAUACUGUGGAAAGUGAAACGGCCUCAGAGUACAAGCCUGAUACUGAAGGCAUUGAUCCUAAGGAGAUUGAUCCAGCAAAGCGCUUAGUUAAUUGGAUGAGCAUGGACAAUGGUCAAAAUUUGUUUGCUGAAAAAUUUAAGGAGUGCAACUCUGUUGCAGAUUUUAAUGAAACGGAUAGUGAUGAUGCAUGUGAUGAAAAUUUUGAUGAUGAUAUGGAAAAUAGCCAAAAACAUGAGGAAGUUGAUGAAACAAAUGAAACUGUUGGUGCACAAAAAGGUUACGAUGCUAAUCAUGUUGACGAGGAAUCAAUUACAACAAGCAUGGGAAAAUUUUCUGGCGAUCAAGCCAGUACUGUGAGACAAGAAGAUCAUGAAAAUCAAAAGACCAGUUGCAUAUUACUUGCUCCAUCAUCCAAUAAGAGUGCAAACAAAACACUCCAAGGGAAAGAAAUUAAGGAGAGUGACGCAUUUACAGCAGGACUUGAGGUCCCUUCCUCUGGAUCUGCACGUAUAUCACAGAAUAGAAAGCCUCUGAAGGUUGCUUUCUGCCCAAAAGAAGUGAAAAGGAUAAUUGAGUCUGAAUCCCUUCUACAAAAAAAUGCUCAGUCCCACACUAUAAGGAAAAUUAUAGUUUUUGCAUCACUUGGCAUAAGGCAUGGAUGUGAAGAUAUGUACGAACUGGACUUCAAUCAUUUUAGCAUUUUGAGCAAAGGAGAAGAAUAUGUGUCUCCAAAUAGUCCUGGGGUAAGAGCAAUUCUUACAAUGCUCUACUUAUCUGAUGGAUCAUAUCAAUUAAAGUAA